AUGAAGGUGAUCGCAGCCUAUUUGUUGGCUCAAUUGGGUGGCAACACUAAUCCUUCAGCUGAUGAUUUAAGGAAAAUCUUGAAUUCUGUUGGAGCUGAGAUUGAUGAGUCGAAAAUCGAACUAUUAUUGUCACAAGUCAAAGGCAAAGAUAUUACUGAGUUAAUUGCCGCUGGUAAACAACAGUUGGCUUCUACUUCUAUGGCUUUUGGAUGUGGUGCUGCUUCUUCUGUUGUCAAUGGCGCUGAAAAUAAUGUUGCUGAAGUUGCUGUUGAAGAGAAAAAAGAGGAAAAGAAAGUUGAGGUGAAGGAAGAGUCUGAUGAAGAAGAUUUUAAUUUUAGUCUCUUUGAUUAG